UUUACAGUGUCAAAAUUCACUUACUCGGUAAUUAGGUGCACAGUGUACACACUUAUUGAAUUGUACUGAAGGACCUAUUUUAGUUGAGACACAGCCUGAGCCUAGCAUUAGCUACUGUCUUACAGUACACGCAAGAAGUAGUUUAGGCAUCAUACUGAUUUCCACACCGCAGGAAAAUCCCGAUAAAAUGAUUUUGUUUAGGAAGUAGCAUAAAAGCUGUAGUGUGGUUGUAUGUGUAAAGGCAGGUUUAAAUGCCCACAGGACGUGCAGGAUGAAGGUGAAGAUCAAGAAAUGGAACGGAGUGGCAUCCUGGUUGUGGGUGGCUAAUGAUGAGAACUGUGGGAUCUGCAGACUGGCCUUCAAUGGUUGCUGUCCUGACUGUAAAGUACCUGGGGAUGACUGCCCUCUGGUCUGGGGUCAGUGUUCCCACUGUUUCCACAUGCACUGCAUCUUGAAGUGGCUCAACUCCCAGCAGGUCCAGCAGCAGUGUCCCAUGUGCAGACAAGAGUGGAAGUUUAAAGAGUGAACAUGUGGAUUUAUGCUAUGGCUGUAAAUACGCUUUUGUACCUGUACAGUGUACAAGUUAGUGUAGAGAAAUGAAGCUGAAAUCGGAGUAAUCGUAUGUACAGUUUAUUUGAAAAUUAAGUAAAAACGUAAUAAAAAUAAAAGUUUACAAUGUGGAAUCUGUCCUGUUAUCAGUUUG